CCCGCGGGCCGGCGGCGGCGGCGCGGCGGCGGCGGCGGCGGCGGCGGCGUCGGCGGCGGCGGUAUAAAGGCGGCGGUCGGGAGCAUGUAAUGUCGGAAUGCGGAGGCCGCGGCGGCGGCGGCGGCAGCAGCGGCAGCAGCGACGACGCCGAGGACGAGGGCGGCGGCGGCCCCGCGGGCUCCCCGGGCCCGGGCCGGCUGCGGCGCGGGCUGCGCGGCGUCUCGCUCAUGGCGCGCCGGCGGCCCGAGCUGCUGUGCGGGGCCGUGGCGCUCGGCUGCGCGCUGCUCCUCGCCCUCAGGUUCACCUGCAGUCGAGCAAAGGAUGUGACGGCGCCCGCCAAGCCACCGGUCAGCUUUUUCUCCGCGGGCUCGCCCGUACUGGACCUGUUCCAGGGCCAGCUGGACUACGCCGAGCACAUGCGGCGGGACUCGGAGGUGGUGUUGCUUUUCUUCUACGCGCCCUGGUGCGGCCAGUCCAUCACCGCCAGGGCCGAGGUCGAGCAGGCCGCCCGGCAGCUCGCAGACCAGGUGUUGUUUGUGGCAAUUAACUGCUGGUGGAGCCAAGGGCGGUGCCGGAGGCAGAAGCACUUCUUUUACUUCCCGGUCAUCUACUUGUACCACCGCAGUUUUGGACCAAUCGAAUACAAAGGCCCCAUGAGUGCUGUGUACAUUGAGAAGUUUGCCCGCCGAGUGAUGAAACCACUUCUCUACAUCCCAUCUCAGUCAGAGUUGCUAGAUUUUCUCUCGAACUACGAGCCUGGAGUCCUGGGCUACUUCGAGUUCAGCGGCUCCCCACAGCCGCCCGGCUACCUGACCUUCUUCACCUCCGCGCUGCACUCGCUGAAGAAAGAUCACCUGGGAACGGUCCGGUUCGGGGUCAUCACGAACCAGCACCUCGCGCGGCUGGUGUCCUUGGUGCGCUCAGGAAGCGUGUACUUGCACAGACACUUCAACACUUCGCUUGUGUUCCCCCACGAGCUGCUCAACUUCACAGCCGAGAACAUCUACCAGUGGGCCCAGGACAACCGGGAGACGCUGGUGCGGUGGCUGCGGCCGCACGGCGGCAAGAGCCUGCUGCUCCACAACGAGCUGAAGAAGGGGCCCGCGCUGCUGGUCUUCGUGCCCUUCGACCCCCUUGCCGAGAGCCACCCGCUCAUCGACGAGGUCACCGCUGUGGCCCUGGCCUACAACAACUGUCACGGCGACCAGGUGGUGGACCGGCUCCUGCGGCACCUGCGCCGGGCACCCGCCUCCCCCUGGCCGCCCAGCCUGGGCCCCCAGCCCCCAGAGCCGCCGCCCGCCGCCUCGCCCUGCUGCAACACGGUGGUGCUGCCCGGCUGGCAUGCGCUGGCCCCCACGCACAACGUGUGCGAGCUGUGCGUCAACCAGACGGCGGGCGGCCCGCGGCCCAGCCCUCUGGGCCCUGCGCGCUGCAGCUUCGUCCAGAUGGCCGCGGCGCUGGAGUCCUUCCACCUCAAGGGCCGGGCGCUGGAGCAGGUGGCCGCCCCCCGGCCCGAGUGCAGCGGCUUCCUGGGCUCCUACAGCCCCUUCAGCUACUACACCGCCUGCUGCAGGACCGUGAGCAGGGGCGCCCCCCGCGGCCCCGGGCCCUCGCGCCCGCCGCCGCCGCCCCUGGCGCUCUCUCCCCCGGAGGAGAAGUGCGGGCCGGGCCCAGCCUGCCCCGUUCCUCACAUUGAGGAGACCAGGAACCUCGUCCCCGACUCGGACGCCGCCGGCAGCAGCUUCACGGGCCUGGGCUGCCGCACCAACAAGACCCUGAACAUGUACCUGCUGGACUCCAACCUCUUCUGGGUGUACGCUGAGCGGCUGGGCGCACCCGGCGGCGCCCGCGGCAGGGAGUUCGCCGCCAUCGUGGACCUGAAGGAGGAGUCGCAUUACGUCCUGGACCCCAGCCAGGCCCUGAUGAAGUUCACCCUAGAGUCCUUCAUCCAGAACUUCAGCCUUCUCUACAGCCCCUUGAAAAGGCACCUGAUGGGAAGUGCCUCGGCCCAGGUCCCUUCUCGGCACUUGAUCACGGAAGUGACGACCGAGACCUUCUGGGACGUGGUCCUUCAGACACAGGACGUUCUGCUGCUGUAUUACGCCCCGUGGUGCGGCUUCUGCCCGUCUCUUAAUCACGUCUUCAUCCAGCUCGCUCGCCUCCUGCCAUCCGACACGGUCACGGUGGCCAGGAUCGACGUGUCGCGGAAUGACCUUCCCUGGGAGUUCAUGGUGGACCGGCUGCCCACCAUCCUCUUCUUCCCCUGCCACAGGAAGGACCUCAGCGUGAAGUACCCCGGCGACCUCCCGGUGACGGUCCCCAACCUGCUGCGGUUCAUCCUGCAGCACUCGGCCCCGCGCGGGGGGACGCCCCGGCCGGGCUGCGUGCGGAGCGAGGCGGGGCUGCAGCGCGGCCACAUCUCGCACCUGGAGCGCCAGAUCGGGCAGCUGCGGGCCGAGAUCAGCGCGCUGCAGCGGGCGCAGGGCCAGGUGGAGGCGCGGCUGGCGAGCGCGCGCCGGGACGAGCACCGGCUGCUGCGACAGAAGCGCGCGCUGGAGGAGCAGCGCGGCCUGCUCCGGCGCCACGGGCAGCAGCUGCAGGCGCUGGUCCAGCAGAAGGCACGCGAGCUGCAGGGGCUGGCGCGCGCCCCCGAGGGCCUCCUCGCCGACGACGCCUGGCUCAAGGUCCUGGUGGCCAGCAUGGAGCGGAAGCUGGCGGCCCAGGACGGGGCCCACCCGGCCGGGCCCGAGCUCCCUGGCAGGCCCCCAGGCCCCGAGAACAGGACAGACUGA